UUUCGUAAUUAACAAAGUACAACAUGACUAGAAUCAUAUUCACUUUCCUCUUUCUCAGAUGUAUAAAGUCUUGAUUUGUUUGAUCUCAUCUCAUCACAUUAUUACAAACCCAAGAAAUUCUGAGAAGAGAAAGUUGGGUCGGAAAGAGAUCCAAUUGUAGAUGGGUAUUGUGAGUUUUCUCAAGUUGGGUUUGAAGUGCUUCUUCGAUUUUCUUGCUUGGCCUCUCUUUGCUCUGGUCUGUCCUCUAUAUGCCUCAGUUUGGGCAAUUGAGAGUAAUUCCAACUCAGACAUGCGAAAUUUGGUGGCAUAUUGGAUUGUUUUCUCUUUGAUUUCUCUCUUUGAGCUUGCUUUUGUGAAACUCAUUGAAUGGCUUCCAUUCUGGCCUUACAUGAAGCUAAUGGCCAUUUGUUGGUUGGGGAUUCCCAAUUUUAAUGGUGCUUUUUAUGUUUAUGAGUGCCUGAUUCGGUCAUGCUUAUCUGUGAAUCUACAAGGAGUUAUCAAACGCUUCGUUAAGCACAAGGAUGACCUACCUCUCAAUGCAGAAAGCUUUCUAGCUGUGGCAGAGAGGUACGUCAAAGAGAACGGAUCAGAAGAGUUGGAGAAACUCAUUGAUAGAUCAAGGCAUAUGAAACCUAACUUUGACGAGGAAGAGAUAAAGGUAGUAACGAAUACAGAGGAAAAAGAAACAGCCACAGCAAUCCAGACAUUCAAAGAGCCUAAUGUUGCCAAGGAGGAUGCUAAAGCAGUGGAUCCAAAGGAGAAAAUUCUGUCAGAUUCAACACAAUGGUCCAAACUCGAAGAGUCUUAUGUUGCUAACGAGAAUGCCAAAGCAGGGGAACUAAACGAGAAAAAUCCCGCAGCUGCAACAGAACAGGUUAAUUGUGUAGAGCCAAAUCUUAUUCAAACUGAAAAGAAAACAGUUGCAACUAGCGAAAUCAUAGAAAAGACGGUGACACAAGACGUAAGAGAGAACAAAGCCGUGGAGGUACCUGCAGCGGCAAUUGGCGGUGGAGAGAACAAAGUCACAGAGAUACCUGCUUCAGAGAAUGUUCAGAGAGAGUGGACAGCAUGUCAGUUGACAACUAUGUGCGAGAAAAACUUUCAGUCUCUUCUUCAAGGGAGAAAACACAAGGCCCAGUUUGCAGCAGAGGAAAAAGAAAUCCAGACAUUCAAAGAGCCUAAUGUUGCCAAGGAGGAUGCUAAAGCAGUGGAUCCAAAGGAGAAAAUUCUGUCAGAUUCAACACAAUGGUUCAAAUUCGAAGAGCCUUAUGUUGCUAACAAAAAUGCCAAAGCAGGGGAACUAAACGAGAAAAAUCCCGCAGCUGCAACAGAACAGGUUAACUGUGUAGAGCUAAAUCUUAUUCAAACGGAAAAGAAAACAGUUGCAGCAAGCGAAAUCAUAGAAAAGAUGGUGACACAAGACGUAAGAGAGAACAAAGUCGUGAAGGUACCUGCACCGGCAGCUGGUGGUGGAGAGAACAAAGUCACGGAGAUGCCUGCUUCAGAGUAUGUUCAGAGAGAGUGGACAGCAUGUCAGUUGACAACUAUGUGCGAGAAAAACUUUCAGUCUCAUCUUCAAGGGAGAAAACACAAGGCGGAGUUUGCAGCAGAGGACAAAGAAAUCCAGGUUAAGUGUGUAGUAGAGCCAAAUCUUGCUCAAACUGAGAAGAAAAUGGUUGCAGCUAGGGGAAUUAAAGAGCAGGGUAAGUGUGUAGAAGAUCCAAAUCUUGCUCAAACUGCGAAGAAAACAGUUGCAUCUAUUGAAAUUAAAGGAAAGACAGUGACAGCAGCCGUAAGAGAGAACAAAAUCGUGGAGGUGCCUGCUGUGACAUCUGGUGGCGGGGGGAACAAAGAUGUGGAGAGACCUGCUUUGGAGAACGUUCAGAAAGAGUGGACCUGUGCCAUAUGUCAGGUGACGACCUCGUGUGAGGCAAACUUGAUGUCUCAUCUUUAUGGGAGAAAACACAGGGCUACGUGUGCAGAGCUGCAGGCAAGCAAGCAAGCAAACAAAAACAAGGGCUGCUCAUCUUCGACAGUCAAUCAGGAGCAGCCAAAAAAGCCCAAUAACCAGAAUAAAAGUAAGAAACAAGAGGACAAGGUGCAAGUGAACUGGACUAGUGAGCAAUACAGACAGAAAGAAGUAAAGAACACUACUGGUUAUGGGGUGAAUAAUAAUUCUCAAUUAUGGUGCAUCAUCUGUAAUGUCAAGUGCCAUAGUGAGGUUGAUGUGGCUUCUCAUCUUAAAGGGAAGAGGCACUUGUCCCAGGUUCAACAGAUGUUGGAUUCUGUAGGUGGAUGGCAUUAAUAGGAUUAUGGAGGUAGUUUAGUAUAUCAUUUCUACCUGAUUUUUUUGUGUGUUCUAUGGUUAGGUAGGGAUGGGAUUGUACUAAACUUGUCAUGGUCCGGUGAACAGAGUCCCUUUCUAAUAAUGUACUUUAUUUUACUGGUGAUUGUGGUUUUUAGUUCAUCAUGGUAGCUUUAGUACAAAAAAUGGAGAUGUCUGUCUUUCGAUACAACUUUAGGCUAUAUAGAAUUAAUAGUGGUGGGUGCAAACACGGUAUGUCUAUAAUUGUAGAUCUAAACUUUUUGAUGAUUUAAUGAAUGAAAAAGGUUCAAUUUGAAAAUUGUUUACAA